GUAGAGCGCCCCCAAGCGUUUAACUAAAAAAUCGGUGGUCUUCAAAGCAAAAUGGCGGCCCCCAUGGAAAGCUUGAUCGUCAAAUUUUUAUGAAUCUACAAAACAUACAUCAAAGGAAAGUAAAACCGCUGAACAGGGACAGUAAGUUGUAGAUUACAGCAUGGCAAGGAGACUUCUACAUCACAACAGAUGGGGGCUCUUCAACACUGUCUCAUUCUCUAAGUCUAAAACAGUAAUCCCUUGCAGAACUGUACAUUCAUCCUCAAUCCAUCAUCAAGUACUCAGUGGUCUUCAAUUACAGAGUCACAUGCAUUCUUCUGCUGUGCUGCAGAAAGAUGACUGGAUAUUUUCAGAGAGUUUAAGACCUCAUCUUGAUAUGCAAGAUGUUUGUAACAACACAGAUCAGAUAGCUGAGAAUAUUAGACAUAGGAAAGGAGAUGCAGAUGUCUAUCAAGUGGUGGAACUUUGGAAGAAAUUUAAACACUUGGAGAAAGAGCUGAGUGAUCUUGGAAGCAGCGGAGAAGAGGAUGAUCGUUGUAGUGUCUUGAGAGGCCAGGUUAAGGAAGCAGAGAGUGAGUUCUUUCAAUCUGCAUGUAAGCUGCCUAAUAGAACGCACCCAGAUGCACCUUUUAACAUGGAUGAUGAGCCCAAGUUGGUUGCUUUAAUGGGACGGAAACCAACCUUCAACUUUCCUGUCAAGAGUCACAUUGAAUUAGGAGAGAAUCUGAACAUUAUUAGGAUCAAGAAUCUAGGUCAUAUCACAGGUCAUAGGUCAUAUUUUCUGAAGGGUGCGGCAGCCAUGUUAGAGCACGCCCUCAUACGCUUUACAGUAGAUAGACUACUAAGCAGAGGGUUCAGGGCCCUGUCAGUGCCUGAUCUCGUUCAACCACUCGUUUUUGAAGGAUGUGGAAUGCGAACCAAAGGUUUACACACACAAGUUUAUAAGUUGGAUCGAAGGAAACAUGACAGGGAUUUAUGUCUAUCUGGAACUGCAGAGGUUGGCCUAGCAGGAUACUUCAUGGAUAGAGUAUUGGACCAGACUGAGCUUCCCCAGAAGGUGUUUGCCAUCAGUCAGUGUUUUAGAGCAGAGACAACACACAGUGCAGAAGCUAGAGGACUCUACAGGGUUCAUCAAUUCACUAAGGUGGAGAUGUUUUGUGUUUCUACUGAGGGUCAGAGUGAAGGAAUAUUUAAGGAGCUCGUCAGCAUACAGCAAAACCUCUUCACUGAACUUGGUUUACACUUCCAAGUAUUAGACAUGCCAUCACAUGAUUUAGGAGCACCUGCUUAUAGGAAGUAUGACAUUGAGGCAUGGAUGCCAGCGAGACAAAGCUAUGGAGAGAUUUCCAGUGCAUCAAAUUGCACUGAUUAUCAGAGCAGACGGUUGAAGAUACAGUACAGGAUGAAUGAAGGGGAUGUAAGACACGCCUACACUCUGAAUGGUACAGCUUGUGCAGUACCUCGUAUGAUUCUGACAAUCCUAGAGUGUAACCAGCAAAGAGAUGGAAGUAUCUUAAUACCAAAGGUUCUACAGCCAUACAUGAAUGGUCAAACAAGUAUUACAAAGUCAACCAGUGGAUUGUUACACUACACUAGACUGUGAUGUGAACCAGGGCAAGAUGAGCUGCAAAGAGAUGGAAGUAUCUUAAUACCAAAGGUCCUACAGCCGUACAUGAAUGGUCAAACAAGUAUUACAUGUACAAAUUCAACCAGUGGAUUGUUACACUACACUAGACUGUGAUGUGAAUACAAAGCAAUGGAUCACUCAGGGCAAGAUGAGCAGAAAUGGGGCAUAGAAUAAGAAACAAGGUCCAAACUCUAGCAUUUCAUAGUAUAUGUCUCUUUCACAGGGCUUUUUAUAGGCAACUUGGGGGCAACUAACUGCAGUUCAUGCUGCGGGACCACUUUAUUGGUAGCAGAUGGGUAGUUUUUCAAGCAAUGUCUUACAAUUCCCAGGAAUAAUAUGUGAACAUUCCAAUGUGAAUGCCUUUUUUUCUUGGAGAUUGCCUGGAACUGGUUGCCUGUAAAUUGCCUCUUGUGACACAAUUCAAACAAUAAUUUCAGAAUUUUGGAUGUAAGUUAUUUCCUCAGCAAAUCUUACCAUCGAUCUUACCACAAUCAAAGAGUAUAGAGCACCGAAGGCGCAGGAUGAAGAAUUAGAGCUCUAUCUAUGGUUGGAAUGAGUUACAUGUGUAUGUGCACCAUUUAAUUGCUUGCAGAAAGCGCCGAUAAAAUACCUCGGAACAGGCACAAAAACCCUGCCAAAACAUCAAAUUUGGGGGGGGGGGGGUUUCACAGAAGAAUACCACCCACCAAUUUGAUGAAAUUUCCCACAGGCUAGUUGUAUGGUGUGAUGACUGAAAACUAGAUAACAAGUGAUUGAUUUAAUCUAUACCUUUAAUAAUGUUGCUCUGUACAUUGAAAUGACUAAUCUUGGUUUAAAGACGUUGUUAUUCACUAUCACUCAGCUAUCGCAAUCCCGCUCCACUUUUCCUCACCACGCACAUUACUAUCGAACACUAGUGGGCGCUGUUAGCAACUUCCAAAUCAUCCCACCACACUACACUCUUGCUGGCGGGUUGCCGUGUAGAGAAAGGCCCUCUAUCCGUGGAAUAGUUGCGAUGUGUGUAGUGUUGAGUGUGUGGGGCCUAUGGUAUUACCAUAGAGGUUGUCCAACUUAACAAGAACACCUUGCACCGAGACUAUGAAAUGACUUGAUAUCCAACACAUUACUUGAAUAAGUUCUAAUAUAUACUAUGAUAUUCCAUUAUAUUCCAUCAAAUAGCACAAUAUUAAACAAACAAUAAUCUUAAAUAAUCAUCGAGUACACUCAAAGAACAUUUUACAAUAACACCAUCAAAAUAAUCUCGACUGAGUCUUCAGUACAAUUUAUAAAGAAAUUUUGAAGAUUUGGUCUGGUUCUAUACACAUUAUCCUUAGGUCAAUCCAAAAAUUCUGUAUCUUGAAUUUUGACAUGUAACAAUGAUAUAUCUCUCACAUGAGAAGAUUUGUGCUAAGCAUGUAGUAUCUCAACCUCAUGCAUUGGGUUAGAUAUUGAGGGUGCGUUCGAAUAGCUUUGACAGGGCUCACCCGGGUCAGCCCAGUGCCCUGAUUGUGGAGUGGGUCACUUGGGGGU